UCAGCGCUCUGCGCGCAACAGGACGCACUGAAUUAUCCUGAAGAGGAAUACACACACGCUCUUCCGCUGCCAGCUCCGAUUCACUUGAUUUAAUCACUGAAGACAUUUAUUUUUUCAUUUUGAAAGGACACAUUUGUAAAAGAGAUGAAAGCGUGGAGAGUCCGGUUUCUGUACUUUCUGGUGUUGAAUGCAGCUGUGCAGAGUGUGACGUCUGUGGAAGAAGAGCUCGCCGAUUCUAUUUUUGGUAACUUCCUCGACCCUCUGAAAGACCUGUUCGACCACAAGGAUGACAGCAAUCAAACUGUUGCGAAAUUCUCCCUCCGCAAACCAUCCCAUCCUGAUGACGACCUGUGCUACAUCGUUCCCGGCAACCCGGACUCCCUGGCAGCUUGCACCUUCAACAGCACCUCCAAAACCUUCCUAGUAAUCCACGGGUGGACGCUGAGUGGGCUGUUUGAAAGCUGGGUGGCGAAGCUGGUCUCAGCACUGUACGACAGAGAGCAGACGGCCAACGUCAUCGUGGUGGACUGGCUCACCUCGGCACAGAACCACUACAUCAUCGCAGCUCAGAACACCAAAGCAGUGGGGCAUGAGAUCGCUCGCUUCAUCGACUGGAUUGAGGAAACCACAAACAUGCCUCUGGAGAACAUCCACCUGAUUGGCUACAGCCUCGGAGCUCAUGUGGCAGGAUUUGCUGGAAGCCAUGCAACCAAUAAAGUCGGAAGAAUAACCGGUCUGGACCCAGCUGGUCCUGACUUUGAGGGUGAGCACGCCCACAGGCGUCUGUCCCCUGAUGACGCUCACUUUGUGGACGUCCUCCACACCUUCACGCGGGGCUCCCUGGGGCUCAGCAUCGGCAUCCAGCAGCCUGUCGGCCACGUGGACAUUUACCCCAACGGAGGCAGCUUCCAGCCGGGCUGCAACCUCAGAGGGGCACUGGAGAAGAUCGCUAACUUAGGGUUGUUUGCCAUCACCGAUGCAGUGAAGUGUGAACACGAGCGCUCGGUCCACCUGUUCAUCGACUCCCUGCUGAACGAGCAGGAAGCGGCCAAGGCCUACAGGUGUGGCAGCAACGACUUGUUCGACCGCGGCAUGUGUCUCAGUUGCCGCAAAAGUCGCUGCAACGCGGUGGGCUACGACAUCAGCAAGGUCCGCAAGGCGCGCAACGUUCAGAUGUACACCAAGACACGGGCCUCCAUGCCUUUCAGAGUGUACCACUACCAGCUGAAGAUCCACUUCUCCAGUAAGGUGAAUCGCUCGGAGAUGGAGCCGUCACUCACUGUCUCGCUGUACGGAACAAAAGGAGAGAGUGAAAACCUGGAGCUCAAACUGAAGGAGAAAAUAGCGACAAAUAAGACACAUUCAUUCCUGCUGGUGACAGAGAAAGAUAUCGGAGAUCUGCUGAUGGUGAAGUUUAAAUGGGAGGAGACAAACGGGUGGUCAGCUUCCAACAUGUUGAAGAUGGUUUCUUCAUGGUGGUCCGGUGCGGACAGUGCAGAUGUGGAGGUUCAUAAAAUCCGCAUCAGAGCUGGAGAGACCCAACAAAAGAUGGUGUUCUGCGUAAAAGACCCAGAAGCUCUGAAAUUAACACAAGAGGUCACAUUUGUUAGAUGUAAGGAUGCAUGGAGGGCGAAAUCGAAACGAACUCCCAGGAGAGUAACUCUGGAGAACCACUGACCUCGAAGAAAGGACGCCGCUGUUGAACGCCCUUCAGUCCAUUUCAGCACUUAAAAGUAAAUAAUUUAUACACCCAACUGUAACUUAUUUCUCAAACGAUACAAAACUCUCACCGCCUUGUAUAUACAUCCACAAAACUGUUAUUUAAAACAAUAUGUGUGUGAAUACUGUAAGAUAUUUUGUAAAGAGCUCUUUGUAUGUAUGACACUUAAAUGUAACUUCACUUUUGGUGCAUGUUUUGUAUCCAAAGAGAUGGGUACUUGUCACGUCAGAGCCUCGCAUACUGAGACUGGAUUUACCUUAACAGUUCAGGAGGUACUGAUGUCCUAUUGGGUAAAACACCUCAAGUUAAAUUUCAUGAUUAUAAUGAUGACUGUGUGAACUUGGUGUCCAUGAAGGUCUGCAGACAGUUCUCCAAAAGCAACGCAGUCUAGACAUGCACCGAUCCAGCUUUUUUUUUAGUUUCGAUACCGAUCCCGAUGCUGUAGCUCUCGGUAUCAGCCGAUACCCGAUACCGAUCCGAUACCAUGGUUGACCUAAAAAGCUAUAUACCUGUACAUGUAGAACAGAAAAGACUAAAGGCAUCAGGCAUUGAUGACUACACAGUUGUUUCCUAAGAUAAAGUGAAACAAGAUGAAACAGAUUAAUGCAAUAAUGAACUAUUUAUUUUUAACAAAAACAAACAAUUGUGCGACAGCAGUUGAAACAGUGUGAAAAACCUCCACACAGCAGAUUCUCUCCUUCACUCCAUGACGUAUGACGUAGCUCACGUUGCAAUAGAUCUAAAGGGAAAGGAUCGCCUCAGGUAUAGUUUGCAUUUUUGGAUAUCUGAUCCAUCUAUUUUGAUGAUAUCGGGGCCGAUAUUCGAACCAGAUAUCGGAUCAGUGCAUUCCUAGCCCAGUCGCCAGAAGAAAUGUUGGAAUUGUAUGUUACCGCAAACCACAGAUUUGUUACAUCUGCAAUUAUUUUAUUUCCAAUUGCAAAACUCAUUUCAACAACUUGUUUCUGGAACAAAAACCACAAAGAUCAUGUUUGGGCUUAAAAUACGCUUUUUUGGGGACACAAUUUCCACUCGAAAAAGCAGCGAUAUCUGCCCGCUGGAAAAACAUGGAUGGGUCACUGCAAAACACUUACAUUAGAUGCCUAUAAAGCAGCUGUAAAAACAUCAAUGACUCGCUAAAAUCACAACCGUUUUGUUGUUGUUGGUCUCGAACAGUGGUCUGCAGCUCACCUAGGCGACACACCAGCCACCCUCCUGCCCUCCCCCUGAUGACAAAGUACGCUCAUCUACUAGAAACGUCGAUAUAACACAGGUGAAACAUGCAAAUGUAACAUGUCUUCUGGUGACUUGGCUGCAAAAAAGAAGAAUAUAACUGCCAAUAUGAAUUUCUUGAGGUGUUUUAUGCAAUAUGGUGCAGUGGAUUUACCUUCAUGUAUUAUCUAACCAACAGAGCAUUCACCACUGUGGCUCCCAGCACUCUACGUGACUGUGGGACCUGUAACAAUGUGCCUUACUGUAAACUGUAGCCAGAUGUAAGCUGUUGCAAACUUGUCUUAACUUUUUUCACCUCAGUGUGCUUUAGUUUUGUUGUUGUAUAAACUUUGUGACUUUUACUGAAACAUCUGAACAUGCAAACGUUGUUUUAAAAACCUAUUUUUACUGCUACACCUCUGAGAGAUGUUACUUUGAAGCUGUUACCUCAAAGAAGCACCUGACAUUUUGUCCACUUACAGUUCUGUUAAAGUUACACGAGGUGCAUGAUGCUCAGUGUGAAGUCGAAAGCACAGUUUAUAUAAAUGUUGUCUCUCUUGACUGCAAUUUCUUCUCUGCAUGUGACUUUUUUAAUCUCGACUAAUGCUCUUUUAUUCAUCUAAACCUUGGCUCUUUAGAGAUCGGUACUGUAAUCAUUGUGACUUUAUUUCUACCUACUUUAAAGAAGUGGAAAUGUUUUACUUUUGCACUGAAAACAGGAGAAGAAAUUGCGAAAACCAAGUUACUUGUACAGUUAUGUAAAUACCAUGAUACAGAUGAUAGAUUUUGGGGUAUGGGACACUGUUAGUUAUAUAUAUUUUUACCUCCCGAGGAAUUUAAUCUGUAAAAUGUGCCUUUCUAUAAUCUUUUGUACAUAUUUGUAAAUAUUCACUGUACUGUAUAAAUUCUUUAAUAAACCAAAAACUGCCUUCUGAGAGGUCACCC